AUGGCAGCCAUACACGAUCAAGUCUACCGUCAAGUUUGCAGCGCGCUUGAAGCGGCGUCAAGUUUGCAGUGCAUUCAUAUAGACCACACACGUUCAAUUUCGCCGUCAAGUUUGCACGGUGCCGCAUCAAUUGAAACCAUGGCGUCACUAGUGACAGACGACGAUGCGUUAGCCAUCCUAGGCUUACUGCUCGCUAUUAAGAAAACAAAAAGGAAAGAUCGUUCGGUGUGCACCACAUACAUAGCUCACAUACAAAUCCUUCGGCAAAUUGUACAGCAGACCAAAGAGUACAAUCUGUCACUUUGUCUUGCGUAUGUGGACUAUAAGAAAUCCUUUGAUUCCGUUGAAAUUCAGGCGGUACUGCAGUCCCUUCAGCAUUGCCAAGUUGACUGUUCGUAUAUAAACGUGGUGGAGUGUUAA